AUGGGCGAGUCGAAAGAGGCCAAAAGUUUAAGGCCACCUUCAGUAUUUAAAAAAAAAAACAAUGAUAAUAUAUAUAUUCCAGUGUGGAAAAAUAAAGAAUGUCAAACUGAUUUGGGGAAAUUUUUAACUUGGUCUCGAGAUAAUGACAUGAACUGUAAUCUAGAAAAAUGUAAAGAACUGAUAUUUCGAAAGAAGGGAUUCAAUCAAGUUAUUUCAUCGGUUUACAACAUUCCACAAUGUUCAGAUAUUUCCGUUUUAGGAAUGACACUUCAAGAAAAUUGUAAAUAUAGUUUACAUAUAAAAGCUAAACUACUCAAAGCAAAUAGAUGCUUGUAUGUUAUAAGAUCUUUGCGUAAAGAAGGUGCAUGUCAGGAAGUAGAUAAGAUUUUUAACAGCUUGGUAUUACCCAUUUUCACCUAUUGUCUUUCAGUAUAUGGUGCGUCUGAUUCGGACUUGACUGUUGUACAAAAGUUUUUAGAUAGAUGUUUCAAAAGACGCUAUGUCUCCCAUUGUAUCAAUUUACGCGAACUUUUAGAAGCUAAUGAUAAAAAACUUUACAAUAAAUAUACUUCAAUGAUUGAACAUCCUUUAAGUAAGAUUUUACCUAAGAAAAAGACAACGAAUUAUCACCUUAGAAAACAGAGCAUUAUUCAUCCCAAGAUUAAUACAAAUAGAUUUAAAAACACUUUUGUAAAUAGACUCAUUUUUAAAUAUAACUUAUAG